CGAUUAAUCAGAAGUCGACUUACCUAUCCCUAGCAUAGCAAACAUAAACAAACAAUCAUAGCACAGCAAGCAGUUUAAAAACAAAUUGUAAUAAAUUCAUUUUGAUGCUAUAGCUGGCAUUUGGUUAUGGAAUACAAUUUUAUUGAUGAUUACGAACAUAUCAAUUCCGAAGUGGAGUACAUAUUGGAAAAUGUGUUGAGCGAGGAUACGUUACAAAGCUCAAGUCCAGAAUCGAAGCAAUUAGUGGAUUUGUUUAAUACACUUUUAUUAAACAAAUGCUCAUGCAAAGAAUGUAAUAAUUAUUUGUGCACUCAUGGAUGUUCCUAUGAGCCCGAUUUGGAAUCUAAGGAGCUCAUGAUUUCAAGGGAUAAUUUUAGUGAUUUAUUGUACGAGUGCACGUCCCUUUGUUCCUGCAAAACAAAAACCUGUUGCAAUAGAUUGGUGCAAUAUGGGCCCAGAAAAGAUUUAAAAAUAAUAUUUUCUAAGAAAUAUCAAUCUUAUGGAAUCAUUACUACCAGAGAUAUCCCAAGGGGGGCCUUCAUUUGUGAAUACGCCGGUGAGCUUCUUACAAGGGAAGAGGCAAUGAAACGUGUAUAUGAAAACAAAAAACAAGGUCGAAUGAAUUAUGUGCUCUGCUUAAAGGAGAGUCUUAAUGGUCCCCAUCUUGAUGUAACAAACAACGGGGGAUUUACAAUAAUUGUGGACCCGGCCAAAAGAGGAAAUAUUGGGCGAUAUUUAAAUCAUAGCUGCAAUCCGAAUUGUCAGAUAUUUAGUGUACGAGUAGAUUCGCCAAUACCAAAAAUAGGAAUUUUUGCCAAACGUUUCAUUAAAUCAGGGGAAGAACUGUGUUUUCACUAUAAUGAAGGGAGGAAGUGCUCACCACAAUCAAGUUUUGAAGAUCGUAUACUAUGUCUAUGUAAAUCUGAAGUAUGCGAAAGCUUUUUACCCAACGCGGACAUAUAAACACAGAUCUGAAACAUGAACGGUUUAGUAUGUUAGCAACAACGUAUAUACCCUAGCUGUUAUGCCUUUUAGUUUGAGUAUUUAACAUUUGAAUGAAAAUAAAA